UGCAUUACAUCCCGCCCACAGAGGACCUUUUCCGCCCGUACUUUUCAGCUUCCGCCCUGAUUACCUCACUUCCGGCAGGCUUUGUAGUUGCGUGGUGUAACCGGCAUGGUAGUUGGGCCACUGUUCGUCCUGUCCCGAAUGUGAGACUUUCAUCCCCAACAUUUCCAUUUGCCAGCGGUUCCUUGAAGGCGUCAGAAUGUUUAAGAAAUUUGAUGAAAAGGAAAAUGUUUCCAAUUGCAUUCAGUUAAAGACAUCUGUAAUAAAAGGCAUAAAAAAUCAGCUGAAUGACCAAUUCCCUGGGAUCGACCAAUGGCUCAAUCAGAUAAUGCCAAAAAAGGACCCUGUCAAAAUAGUACGAUGCCAUGAACACAUCGAAAUAUUAACCGUAAAUGGUGAACUGUUGUUCUUCAGACAAAGAGAGGGUCCCUUCUAUCCGACACUAAGGCUUCUUCAUAAAUAUCCUUUCAUCCUUCCACAUCAGCAAGUUGAUAAAGGGGCAAUAAAAUUUGUUCUGAGCGGAGCAAAUAUCAUGUGCCCUGGUUUAACAUCACCUGGAGCAAAGCUUUACCCAGCAGCUGCUGACAAAGUUGUUGCAAUAAUGGCAGAGGGAAAACAGCACGCCCUGUGUGUUGGUGUCAUGAAGAUGUCUGCAGACGAUAUUGAGAAGGUGAAUAAAGGAAUUGGCAUUGAAAACAUCCACUAUCUGAAUGAUGGAUUGUGGCACAUGAAAACGUACAAGUGAAGCGCUGUCUUGUUAGGCACUCACAUGUGACCUGGACUUUAAAGUAACUGUAUUUGUAUGGUAAAUGUGAUAUUUGCAGUCAAUGCUGCUUAAUAAAGAAUAAUAUACUUA